GUAGGGGGAGAGAGCAAUAAUGAUGAAAUGGAGAUGCAGAUCUCGUCGGAGCAAGUUAGUGAUGCUGCUUCUACGCCGUCUGAAACCCAGCAACCGGUUGCUAUGUCUUGGAAUGAUAAUGGCGGCCUUGCCGAUUCUGUUCAGAGCUAUCCGCAAACCCUUGGCGUCGAUGGUGGUGAGCAUUCUAAUUCUAACCCGGUGUGCCACUCUGGUAGAAGAUUCGUCGAUGGUGGGAAUUUGAUGAUGCUCGACGACACUCUGCCACCACCGUCGUUUACUAAUAGUUAGGGGAUUCAUUUUCAGAAUUGCAGCGACCGUGUUUUUGGAAUGUAUCCAAACGUGUCUCCCCUUCAUGAAGCACUCUCGUUUGGUGUAUGGGUUUCUCAAUACAAUUGAUUAAUGAUG